AUGAUGCCAUAUUCUGUACAGCAGCCAGUUUACUACCCAAUAUAUUCACAACUUCCCUAUCAUCAGGUAGAAGAAAAUAACGCGCUAGUUAACAAAAGAAGAAUUAUUAAAAGAAGGACAAGAACUGGAUGUCUUACUUGCCGCAAAAGGAGGAUCAAGUGUGAUGAAAGAAAACCUUAUUGCUUCAAUUGUGAACGGUCCAAGAAGGUUUGUCUCGGGUAUGAAAACUUAGCAAAACUGAGAAAGAAGAGUAAGCCCGAUUCAGAUUCUAAUUCCAAUGAUGAUGAUGAAAAAAAUUAA